AUGUCAGGCGUCGAGGAUAUCGAAGGCGCGCGCCGGUCGCACAAGUCGCCAUACACCGGCCGCAACCCCAUACCGACGAUCAAAAAAUACCGCGAAGAAAAGCAGAAGCGACAGGAUCAAUACGGUCACCCAGAGCAGGACGAAGACGGCCAAGAUGAGCGGAGUGCGCGCGACCGAAUUGGCGAUGCAUACAAUGCUUUCACAAAUGGUGCCGAAGCGCACACCGAGGGCAACCAACCCUACGAUGCAGAGAACAAGAACUUGGCGCGAGAGAGAGAGGAGGCUCCAGAUCACGCCGGGAAGACAGUGACCGCGAACAACAGGCAGCUUCCACAAGACAUGGACUCUCAGACAUCAGCAGAGGAUACUACUGAAGGUAUAAUGACUGAGCAGGACCCCAAGAAAGCACGCAAGCACAUGAAAAAGUACAGUGCCGACGGCACAGAGCGAGAGGUCACAGACCCUAUUACACACCUGCCCGUCGUCAUCCACGAUUUCACCGACAAGGAUCUCAAGGGCACUGCAGAGAACGAUCCACCAGUGGGGAUAGAACCGAAGACUAGAACCGGCACCGACGGCAUCGAGAAGACGGAUGAGAUGUUCGAAGAGGAGCAACACGACGCACAAAACUCACACAAAGCUAUGCAAGUCUUAUUCCCCCCUCCUAACUUUGACAACACACGACAAGAAGUCACAGCAGUCUACAAAAGAGCUGUGGAGGUCGGACUUGGAAUCAUUGCUGUUGGCCUACUAGGCGUCAGGGCGCUGUUUUGGUUCACACGAAACUCAUCAGGCUGGGUCAAGCAGUUCUUCCAUCUGAUCGAGCUAGCUUUGUCAGCGGGUAUUGCAGUAGGCUCUAUUCUCUUUAUGAGGCAGUGGACCGACAACAAGAUCAAGGAUGUGUGGGACAUUGAAGUGUGGCAGGCAGAACGCCAGCAGGGACGAAAGUUGGCAAAGAGCGAGACCGCAGAAAGCACUCAGUGGCUCAAUUCGCUAGUCGCAUCAAUUUGGCCUCUGAUUAACCCUGACUUGUUCACUAGCAUCUCAGACACACUCGAGGAUGUCAUGCAAGCCUCCUUGCCAAGCAUGGUACGUAUGGUUGCAGUCAAGGACCUGGGACAGGGAAGUGAAGCGAUCCGCAUCCUGGGUAUAAGAUGGCUGCCAACAGGUGCCGCAGCAAGAUCCGUGAAUGCCGAUGGAAAACUGAAGACUGCAGCCGAAGAGAAAGGAGACAGGACCGUUGCUGAUAACGGUGAGAGCGAAAAUGACGAGCCUCAGGACAGCAUGGAGGCUGAGGAAGGCGACUUUGUCAAUAUGGAGAUUGCGUUUGCAUACCGUCCCGCAACUGGACAUGGCAUCAAGUCGCGCGCGAAUCAGGCCCAUCUUUACCUCGCUUUCUACCUCCCUGGCAAGAUUUUGCUACCUGUUUGGGUAGAUCUCUCAGGUAUCGUAGGCGUUGUUCGUAUACGACUGCAACUUUGCCCUGAUCCUCCUUUCUUCUCAAUCUGUACCAUGUCUUUCUUGGGCCAACCGAAGGUGAACCUCUCUUGUGUACCACUCAUCAAGAAGGGUCCCAACCUCAUGGAUGUACCGCUUAUCUCAAGUUUCGUCCAGUCCUCCAUGGAUGCUGCGCUUGCUGAAUAUGUGGCGCCGAAGUCCCUGACCCUCAAUCUCAAAGACAUGAUGAUGGGCGAUGACUUCAAGAAAGACACAGUCGCCCAAGGAAUACUGAUCGUCAGAAUCCAUCACGCAUUCGAUUUCAAAGAAGGCGAUGCAGGCCUAGGACCCCUCAAGAAGGGUUCUGCAGAUCCAUACGUGACCGUGGGGUGGGCAAAAUUCGGUAAGCCCAUAUGGUCUACUCGUGUGCUGCAGAAGAAUAUGGAGCCAUACUGGGGAGAGGAGUGCUACGUUCUGGUCACGCCUGAAGAGCUCAACGUGGAUGAGCGCUUGAGGAUACAGUUGUGGGACUCGGAUCGAACGAGUGCCGACGACGAUCUUGGCCGUAUCGAGCUGGCUCUGAAGGACAUCAUGAAGGGCCAGGAAACCAACGGCAAGAUGCAAGACCGCGAAGAUGGUUUCAAGGCUCUCAAGGCUGGCGAGGGCAUGCCUGGAAAGCUUUCCUGGAGCCUAGGAUACUACUCGAAGACUAGGAUUACAGAUAGCCAGUUGGAGCAACAAGACGAGGAUCCUGAUAUCAACACUAUCGACCAGCUCAAGAAAGAGUCGUACGCGAUGGCAGAAGAUAAACUACGCGAGGCGAGCGUAGAUCACGCACAUGAGGUGGAUCAGCAGAAAAAGCAGGACUUUCAGUCGCGUCAGGACCAACUCAUUAUUGCGUCUCCACCAGCACAGGACUACCCAUCUGGCAUUCUUAGCAUCCAGAUCCACCAGAUCACAGGACUGGAGCUGGAGACACUGAACAAGAAGAAGUCAGACAAGAAUUCGGAAGCCAGCGAGGAAGAGGAGGAAGGCGACGAGCUGCCGUCGGCAUACUGCAACAUUAUUGUCAACCACAAGAAGGUGUUCAAGACUCGUACCAAGCCAAAGAACUCCAAACCAUUCUUUAACGCUGGGUGUGAGCGCUUCAUCCGAGAUGUACGCAACACCGAGGUUCAUAUCUCGGUCCGCGAUGCCCGCGUACAUGAAGACGAUGCCUUGCUUGGCAUCAUCUACCUUCCUCUAGAGAAGGUGUUCAACGAGCGAUGUCAAGUCAACUCCAUCUACCCACUGGCCGGUGGUGUAGGAUACGGACGCGCUCGCGUUUCUCUGGUCUUCCGCAGCUUGCAAGUCCAACUGCCAAGGGAGCUUCUGGGCUGGGAGUACGGCACGUUAGAUAUCAAAUCUACUGUCAAGGCUAUCGAAAUCCCACAAAACCUACAACCUCUGAGGAUGAAAGUCAGUACCAACCUCAGUCGGGGCAAGUUCCAUUCGAGGGGAAGAGAUGGUAAGGUCAGGCAGAACGAUGAGGGCGCUACCAUGUGGAGAUCACGAGGAGAUCGUCAUGUCCGCCUGCCGGUGAAACAGCGCUACGCAUCACCGCUGAUUGUCGAGUUCCGACAAGACGCUACUCUACGGGAUCAUAGCCCGGCCUUCUGCAUCUUGUGGUUGAAGGAUAUCUGCGACAACCAAGAACAAACAAUCCGCCUCGACGUCUGGAAGGGUGAUCUCAAGCGUGCCAAGAACAACAUGCUCGACUCGUACGGCGAGAAAGUGGGCCAGAUCGAAAUGACUUUGACCUUCUGGUCCGGGCUCUCGGGCUAUCAUGAGGAUUACGCCAAGGGCGAUAAAGAUCUCCUCAAUGUCCUAGAAGUUCUCGACGUGUGCAACGACCAGGAAUACUCGGACUGGGAUGAGACGAAUAAUUCGGGGCCGCCCAACACUCAGAGCAAUAGUUCCGACGACUCAUCCUCCUCGUCAGACUCUGAUUCUGACGGAGAAGCCCAAUCGACCAUGGAGAAGAUUACUCCAAACUUCCUACAAAAGCACAAGAAGACGGAUAGCAAGCUCGGCGAUGACGGUGAGAGGGGCACUGUGGGCCAAGUCAAGGAUUACAAACAGCAUCACAAAGAGUUGCAUAGAAAACACAGGGGUAUGAUGCAGUGGAAAGGACCCAGAACCGUUGCGUGGAUGAAGCAUACGGCAGACCGCGGGAAGAACAAGGUGAAGGAGCUUGUGCAUCACAAAGAGCGGGGUGGUGGUGGGGGAAUAGAGACAGAAGCGUAG